AGAGCAAGCCGGUUUAUUAGCUCGUAGGUGUGAAUAUAGUUGUCCCUGAUGUUAUCAGAAGGAAGGUGAUGAUGUCUCUUCAUUGUGGGCACGUCUCAUUUGGAAGAAGUGGCUUUCUGGGUGUUUCUGGACUCAGUUUUACCUGCAAGUCCUAAAGGACCAAUUUUGUGUUUCCAGGGCUGUGGUUUUUAGCAGCAGCAGCAGCGUUUUCUCUGGCAUUUUAUUUUAUUUUUUCUUCUCCUCCCGUAGACUUGGCAAAGACUCUGAUAAGUGACGUAAAAGAAGCAGAGGAUCCUCCGAUGGAGGCACCCCCGGGAAACCCGCUAGUUCUUUCUCACACCUUGCAGGAGCUGCUGAGCAAGGACACGGUGCAGGUAGAGCUGAUCCCGGAGAAAAAGGGUCUCUUUGUCAAGCAUGUGGAGUAUGAGGUUUCGAGCAAGUGUUUCAAGUGUUCUGUGUACAGGCGGUACAAUGACUUUGUGGUCUUCCAUGAGAUGCUUCUCCAAAAGUUCCCGUAUCGGAUGGUCCCUGCGCUUCCCCCCAAAAGAAUGCUUGGAGGCAAGUCUUGGGCUAAUGGGAUGGGGGUGGAUGUGCAAAACAAGCUGAGAGAGUUGGUGCAGGGCGUGGGAGACGAAUUCAUGAUUUGCAAAGUAGCAACUCAGGCCAAGGAUUUCCUGCCAGCUGACAUCCAGGCACAGUUUGCUGCCAGCAGGGAGCUGAUCCGAAACAUCUACAAUAGCUUUUACAAACUGCGGGACCGAGCGGAGAGAAUAGCCUCCCGAGCAGUUGACAAUGCUGCUGACCUCCUCAUUUUUGGGAAGGAACUAAGUGCUUUAGGCUCCGACACAACUCCGCUCCCUUCCUGGGCCGCUUUGAACAAUAGCGCUUGGGGCAAUCUCAAGCAGGCUCUGAGAGGCCUCUCUGUCGAAUUUGCGCUGUUGGCCGACAAAGCCGUGCAACAGGGUAAACAGGAAGAGAGUGAUGUGGUGGAGAAGCUGAAUCUUUUCCUGGACUUACUCCAGUCUUACAAAGAUCUGUGUGAGCGGCAUGAGAAAGGAGUUCUGCACAAGCACCAGCGGGCCUUGCACAAAUACAGCAUGAUGAAGCGGCAGAUGAUGAGCGCCUCUGUCCAGAACAAGGAGCCAGAGUCUGUGGAGCAGCUGGAGUCCCGGAUUGUGGAGCAAGAGAACGCCAUCCUGACAAUGGAGCUGCGCAAUUACUUCUCCUUGUAUUGCCUCCACCAAGAGACUCAGCUCAUCCAUAUUUAUCUUCCUCUCACAUCUCACAUUUUGGGGGCGUUUGUCAACUCUCAGAUCCAAGGGCAUAAAGAGAUGAGCAAAGUCUGGAAUGAACUGACGCCCAAGCUGAGCUGCCUCUUUGCAGGAUCCAGCAACACGCAAGCACUGCCCUUGUCCCCGCAGGACGGCAACCUCUUUUCUAGUUAAUGCUUUAGAACUCUGGGGUGUGUGGGGUGUGGUGGGGAGAGCCAUGGGGAAGGCCUAUGCAAUUGGUAAAGAGUUGCGCGGAGUUUGCCUCCCAUUAGCUACUUUUGUACUUUUUGCCCCCUUCGCUGCUUUGAGCUGCCGGGAAAUGUGAUAGAGUGCAUCGAGUGAAGGACUCUCUCUCUCUCUUUAAAUUAUUUGAGUUUCCAUUUUGAAUCUCUCCAUGGUAGGGAUGACUAAAGCUUUUGUUUGUGCUACACUUGGCAGAGCGCUAGGAAUCUUCCAUUGCUGAUUUAUUACGGGAUGGGAAACCUGCAGCCCUCCAUGUGUUUUUGGACUUUGGUUGCUCUCAUGCCUAAGUGAUCAACCUGUGGAAGGCCACAGGUUCCCCAGCCCUCUUAGAUAGUUUAAUUUUACUUUCAUUUUACUCUGGCCCAAAUGUAGCUGCUCACUGGAGGGAAGGAUACUAGAGACAAAGUU